AUGGGUGCUAAUCUUUCAAAGGCUCUCGGCCGUUUGUUCGGCAACAAGGAGAUGCGUCUGCUCAUGCUCGGUCUCGAUGCGGCCGGCAAGACGACCAUUCUAUACAAGCUCAAAUUGAACCAGUCCGUUACGACUAUCCCCACAGUCGGGUUCAACGUCGAGACGGUGACCUACAAGAACGUGAAAUUCAAUGUGUGGGAUGUCGGCGGGCAGGACAAGAUCAGGCCGCUGUGGAGGCACUACUACACCGGCACCCAGGGUCUCGUCUUCGUCGUCGAUUCCCAGGACCGCGAGCGGAUAGACGAGGCGAAGCAGGAGCUCCACCGCAUUCUGUCCGACCGUGAGAUGAAGGAGUGUUUGCUGCUCGUGUUUGCCAACAAGCAGGACUUGCCUGGAGCCAUGUCACCCGCAGAAGUCACGGAGAAGCUGGGUCUACACAGGAUGCGCGACCGCUCGUGGUAUGUGCACCCAAGUUGUGCGACGACGGGGGAGGGUUUGUUCGAGGGCCUUCAGUGGCUCUCGCAGAACGUCAAGAAGCGCCAGCAAUAA